AUGGCCCUCAGUGGCCUGAAGCCUCUGCAAGGUGGUGCGCACCGCAUCGACGUGCAAUCCUCGGGGAAUGCUGCACGUACACACAUACUGGGCGACGCGUUGCGCUGGGUUCCGAGUAUCAGCAAAGACAAGUCGGGGACUGCGGAGGUGGAUGUAACAUCCGCGAAGCGCACGAAAUCACAGCUUCACAGUUCGUCCGCGACUUCGGAGGAGGAAUCAUCCGGAGUACCGAGUGCCCUCAAGACACCGAAGGCUAUGCAAGAGGUUCCAUCAGUGCGUAUAUCAAAGGCGAGGCAACCACCCGCGUACCGAUUAUUCCAGCCGCUCGUAUGCAUCCGAGUUCCUCGUGUGGUCAUGGAGGCGUCGCUGGAUGUUGUGAUCAUGAAAUUCUGGUGCAUACACGAGGUCAUUGCCGAAGUCACGGGCAACAUCCGUGAGGAGCCACGCCAAGAGGUCGCGAGGGAGCCGUAA